AUGUCUCUAAUAAUAUCUGUUACCUUUCCUCUCUUUCCUCGAAUAAUAUCUGUACCUUUCCCUCUCUUUCCUCGUAUAAUAUCUGUACCCUCUUUCCCUCUCUUUUCCUCGAAUAAUAUCUGUACCUUUCCCUCUCUUCCCUCUAAUAAUAUCUGUAUCUUUCCCUCUCUUCCCUCGAAUAAUAUCUGUACCUUUCCCUCUCUUUCCUCGAAUAAUAUCUGUACCUUUCACUCUCUUUCCUCGAAUAAUAUCUGUACCUUUCCCUCUCUUUCCUCUAAUAAUAUCUGUACCUUUCCCUCACUUUCCUCGAAUAAUAUCUGUAUCUUUCCCUCUCUUCCCUCGAAUAAUAUCUGUACCUUUCCAUCUCUUCCCUCGAAUAAUAUCUGUACCUUUCCCUCUCUUUCCUCGAAUAAUAUCUGUACCUUUCCUCUCUUUCCUCUAAUAAUAUCUGUACCUUUCCCUCUCUUCCCUCGAAUAAUAUCUGUACCUUUCCCUCUCUUCCCUCUAAUAAUAUCUGUAUCUUUCCCUCUCUUUCCUCGAAUAAUAUCUGUACCUUUCCCUCUCUUUCCUCUAAUAAUAUCUGUACCUUUCCCUCUCUUCCCUCGAAUAAUAUCUGUACCUUUCCCUCUCUUUCCUCGAAUAAUAUCUGUAUUAUUCCCUCUCUUCCCUCGAAUAGUAUCUGUAUCUUUCCCUCUCUUCCCUCUAAUAAUAUCUGUAUCUUUCCCUCUCUUCCCUCGAAUAAUAUCUGUACCUUUCCUCUCCCUCUCUUGUAUCUUUCCCUCUCUUUCAUCGAAUAAUUUCUUUCCCUCUCUUCCCUCUAUGUGUCUGUACCUUUCCCUCUCCCCUCGUAUAAUAUCUGUACCUUUUCCUCUCUUCCCUCAAAUAAUAUCCCCUUUCCCCUCUCUUCCCUCUAAUAAUAUCAUAUCUUUCCCUCUCUUCCCUCGAAUAAUAUCUGUACCUUUCCCUCUCUUCCCUCUAUGUCUGAACCUUUCCCUAUCUUUCCUCUACCUUUCCCUCUCUUCCCUCCUAAUAAUAUCUGUACCUUUCCUCUCUUCCCUCCCUAAUAUCUGUACCUUUCCCUCUCUUUCCUCCAAUAAUAUCUGUACCUUUCCCUCUUUCCCUCUAAUAAUAUCUGUACCUUUCCCCUCUCUUUCCUCUAAUAAUGUCUUUCCUCUCUUUCCCUCUUUCCUCUCCUCUAUAAUCUAUAAUCCUGUACCUUUCCCUCUCUUUCCUCGAAUAAUAUCUGUACCCUCCCUCUCUCCCUCUAAUAAUAUCUGUACCUUUCCCUCUCUUUCCUCCUAUAAUAUCUGUACCUUUCCCCUCUCUUCCCUCCAGAAUAAUAUCUGUGUCUUUCCCUCUCUUUCCCUCUAA